AUGUCUACUACCACCAUGGAAGGCCCACUACAGGCUCCGGAGGUUAUAACAAUCAUCCCGUCUUCACAAGCUCCCUCCUACAGAAUUGAAACCUACACUCAAAGCGAUCUUCUCAGGCAGCCUUUCCUGCCAGAGCUCCGGGACAUCAUCAACGUCAGCUACUAUGAUACCACUGGCACUUCUUUCGUAAAAAGCGGACCCCGGCUCAUGAGCGACACGCAACUUGCGGAAGAACUUGAGGAAACUGGCUUCACUGCGAUUGCAUUCGCUGAAAAUGCGAUCAUCGGUACUGCGAGUUUGAAAGUCUGCUUGUCAGAUUCCGAAGGAUCCCCGUGGAAGCUACCGGGCCAUUUUGAGCAAUUCAGUGCGGAGGAGAUCUUCUCCGGCAGCUCUACGGUACUCGAUAGCCUCCAUGAGAAAUCUCAAAAUACGCACUGCGAGGGAGGUUUCGAACUUGUAGCUGUCGCAAUCACGCCCGAUCCUCGGUAUAGGAGGAAAGGCAUUGGGGAAGCCUUGGCCAAGGCGUGUGAAAACGAACUGAAGAGGAGAGUGUCUCUUGCGGGUUGCACUGAAUUAUCUCGCUCGUGCAUGAUGCUCAGGUCUGUUCGCGAGCUCCGAGGUGCUUAUUGGCUGAAAAGGGGGUUCCGCGUCGUAGGGGAACAAUAUUGCCCUCCUUUGACCUGGGGUUAUAGCAAAGGGUUUGUUCUAUGGGCUAUGGAGAGAGAGUUAUCUGUUUAA